UGUUCCAGAAAUGGACACCGAUAUGAUUGAGGCGGAGAAGGCGUCAAACCCGGAGGUGGCGGUGCCCUCUAAUUCCGGGCAGAACGACUUCAUUCGAGAUUUACUCACAUUGGCACGCCAGCUCAUCGAUCAGGGCAAGCCUUCCCAAGCUCUCCAUGCGGUGGUAGUUGCCAUGAAGACAAAAGGUGGGGAUGAAGCUGUCUUUCAGUUCUUAGACCGAGCUCGUGAGCUGUAUAGAAGUAAACUGCGAGACAAUGCUGUUGUUGAUCAACUGGCUUCUUUGUUUGCUGAGUGUGCCAUUGCUGAAGCUUUGCCUGUAAAUAUUGAAACAUCAGCAAAUAACAUUUCUGGUCCAUCGAUUAUUCCAGACGUUCACGAGACAUCUAUACUGGCGGAAACUGGGAGGACGCAAAUAGUAUUGGAUGCUGUUUCAGACGGGAGUAGCUUCAUUUGUUUGAAGUGUGGUGGCCUUGUUAGCAUCCAUCGCAAAGAGGAGCACUAUGCUUACUGGUGUUGUUAACUCUUUGGCAAAGGGUACCUUCGCGAUGCCUUGUUUCUCUGUGCAUCGUCACCGUACUAAAGUUGGUCUCUUCAUCUUAAGGCGGGGAAGGUUUCGGUUUUUUUUUUUUUUUUUUUAAUGAUUGCAUAUGCUAGAGGAAUUUAAGGAACAUCUUGCGAGU